AUGAGCCUGGGCAUCAUGGAAGAGGAGGAUCUGGCGGAGUACUUCCGGCUGCAGUAUGGGGAGCGGCUGCUGCAGCUGCUGCAGAAGUUCCCCAGCAUUGAGGACGAGUCCGACUCCCCAUCGGUCCGGCUGCUGGAGAAGAAGAAGGAGGCCAAGAUCAUGCACCACGCCAUGGAGCAGAAGAAGGAGACAUUUCAGCGCAGAAUGGAAACCCUGAACCUGCGCUGGGAGGAACUGGGCGUCAAGGAGGCCCAACUGAAAGCCCACAUACAGAAGUUUGAGCAGUUCAUCCAGGAGAACGACCAGAAGCGGAUCCGGGCCCUGAAGAAGGCCAACAAGGAGCGCGAGCUCAAGAGGCAGCGCAUGCGCGAGCUGGCCAAGGCCAAGCAGGAGAUGGCAGCCCUGCGGCUGGAGCACCAGCGGCUGAGCGCCAGGCUGCAGGAAUAUUCCAUCUUCAACAAGUUCCUGGAGAAGGUGGUGGAGAACUCGGAGUUCGAGGAGAUCCACGAGGUGAUCGCGCGCUACAAGACGCUGGUGAGCAUGCACCACGACCUCAUGCAGGCGGCGCAGGAGGGCCAGGAGAAGAUCGAGCGCGCCAAGGCGAGGCUGGCGCGCUACAAGGAGGAGAAGGAUGACGAGAUCCUGCAGCACAACAACGAGCUGGCGCGCCUGCAGAUGCGCUUCGACCGCGCACGCAGCGACGUCAUCAUCUGGGAAUCCCGCUGGGCACACAUCCAGAACACCGCCGCCAAGAAAACCCUCUUGCUCGGCACCAUUAAGAUGGCCACGCUGAACCUCUUCCAGAUCGUGAGCAAGCAGCUGAAGGAGGCGACCUUCGUGUCCCUGGAGGACACCCACAAACAGCUGGACAUGAUCCAGCAGUUCAUCCAGGACCUGUCAGACAUCUGGGCGGAGGUGAAGAAGAAGGAGCAACAGCAAGUCCGGGUUUAAAGAGCAGCCGUGGUCCCGGGAGGUUCGGAAACCGAGACGGAGAGAAAGUCCCUGCUGACCUUGCCGUCCAGUCAGCCCCGUCCAGCCCUCUGGACCUCUGUGCCUUUCUGCUGGGAAAUCCCUGUUUUCCUCCUCAGCCCUCAGCCCAUACAUCCCCGAAAACAUUAAAUUCUGUAAGAAGCUUGUUCCUAA